UGAGGAAAGGGCACUCGCGCCGCCGGAAGGGGUGCUCGCUUCAAGGCGCCGGGACCCGGGCUGGAAGGCAGGGCAUCAGCUAUGGAGCAACCUGGGCAGGAUCCCACCUCAGACGACGUCAUGGACUCCUUCCUGGAAAAGUUCCAGAGCCAGCCUUACCGUGGCGGCUUUCAUGAGGACCAGUGGGAGGAGGAAUUUGAAAAGGUCCCCCUAUUUAUGAGGAGAGCGCCAUCAGAAAUUGAUCCCAGGGAGAAUCCUGACUUGGCUUGUCUCCAGUCAAUUAUUUUUGAUGAGGAGCGUUCUCCAGAAGAACAGGCCAAGACCUAUAAAGAUGAGGGCAAUGAUUACUUUAAAGAAAAAGACUACAAGAAAGCUGUAAUUUCGUACACUGAAGGAUUAAAGAAGAAAUGUGCAGAUCCUGAUUUGAAUGCUGUCCUUUAUACCAACCGGGCAGCAGCACAGUACUAUCUGGGCAAUUUUCGUUCUGCUCUCAAUGAUGUGACAGCUGCCAGAAAGCUAAAACCCUGCCACCUCAAAGCAAUAAUAAGAGGUGCCUUAUGCCACCUGGAACUGAAGCACUUUGCCGAGGCCGUGAACUGGUGUGAUGAGGGACUGCAAAUAGAUGGCAAAGAGAAGAAGCUUCUGGAAUUGAGGGCUAAAGCAGACAAGCUGAAGCGAAUUGAACAGAGGGAUGUGAGGAAAGCCAGCUUGAAAGAAAAGAAGGAGAGAAAUCAGAAUGAGGCUUUACUCCAGGCCAUCAAGGCUAGGAAUAUCAGGCUCUCAGAAGCUGCCUGUGAGGAUGAAGAUUCACCCUCAGAAGGUCUAGGUGAGCUUUUCCUGGAUGGACUCAGCUCUGAGAACCCCCAUGGAGCCAGGCUGAAUCUAGAUGACCAGGGCAGGCUGAGCUGGCCUGUGCUCUUUCUGUACCCAGAGUAUGCCCAGUCGGACUUCAUCUCUGCUUUUCAUGAGGACUCCAGGUUUAUUGAUCAUCUAAUGGUGAUGUUUGGUGAAACACCCUCUUGGGACCUAGAGCAAAAAUACUGCCCUGAUAAUUUGGAGGUCUACUUUGAAGAUGAGGACAGGGCAGAACUAUAUCGGGUGCCUGCCAAGAGCACCUUGCUGCAGGUUCUACAGCACCACAGGUACUUUGUAAAAGCCCUGACACCAGCAUUUUUGGUCUGUGUAGGAUCUUCUCCUUUUUGCAAGAAUUAUCUCCGGGGGAGAAAGGUGUACCAGAUACAAUGACCGAGCCAGGGCCCCUGGAUCUCCUCCCUCACCUUCCUCUGCUGGGAACUUAGCACGCCUGAAUCAGCUGGACAUACUGCUGGAGUCCAGUGCUUUAUUUCUGUCACCCUGGGGAUAGUCCUUCCUAGCAUCAUGGUAGGGGAGGAGCCUCUGGAUUCCCCAAACUGCAGCCUCUCUGGCUGGUCUUCACUUUCCUCAGUUGAUGUAAAACUGUGUGCCUUGGCCAUGAUGUCCUUGGACUCCAUCUCUGAAGGGACCAUCUGCCGCAGUUACUACAGCAACUGACCUGAGCAGCACCCUGGUCUGUGGAGAUGGACUCAGGAUCCAGUGACAUGAUUCUGAACUUCUGUGGAGUUUGACACCUUAGAGAAGCUACCCCUCAAACUGCACAUAUACACACAAACAAUGCAUAGAAUUCCAAGGCUUUAAAGCUGAGAGACCCUGGCCUCAAGUUAUUUCACGAGCACAGAGGGGAGCCAUGUGGGGUUGCUGCAGAUGCCUUGAGGCGAAAUGAGGGCAGGAAAGCCACAUCUUGCUCAGCAUUUAUAAAGACCAUGUAAACUGAGAUCCUUGGUACCCUAAAAAGAUUGCCAGUUUUCUUCAUCUUUGUCAUAUGGAGGACUGUGACAGACUUGGACAGUGGCCUCUGAGUUCCUCUGCAGUUUUAACGUUUUAGGAUUUUGUCUUUUAAACUGGAAAACCUUCUAGCAUGUUGGGUUGGUAUAGGGUAUAUUUUUGUCUGCAGCUGUUUGUUGCCCCGUUCCUAAGAGGAAUUUAUCCAUCCUCA